AUGAUCACGAUAGUACCAUUAUUAUUUCUUCUCAAUGCUUAUGUUACUCAAUGUGUUCAGCCCUAUUUUCCAUCACAAAUUACAUUCACCUUUAUGGAUAGAUGGGGUCCAAUGACAUUCGCAAUCGACGAAGUUAAUCAACGAGCUUACAGACUGUUCGAUCACGGACAAGGUGAUUAUACAUAUUUGAUGAAGAAUUUUCCUUUUCCAAUUCCUGAUUCACCUCAAUCAAAAUAUUACGUGCAACUGAUUGCGACCUAUCCACCACUGGUCAACUGUGUGUACGGAACAUUUUGGAAGUAUGGUAUAUUCUAUGAUAAGUAUUUUCCUGAUCACUGGUAUCAUAACAGCAGUUCAGUCAGAAUUGAGAAUUAUAUAAAAUUUAAUUACAAAAUGAUCCAUUCGGAUGAUGAGUCAGUAUUAGAAGAUUAUUGGUAUUCAGAUGAAAAAUGUUCGAUUAGUAGUGGAGAACGUUAUCCAUGUGAAGAAAUCUACUUUACAAAAAAUACAGAUAUACCAUUGAAAACAGUUCGCAUUGACAACUUUCAAGAAAGGAUACAAACAGAGUACAAGGUGUUAUCAAUUGGUAAACCAGAUGAAAAAUUAUUCGAACCAAUUCCUCUGGAUUGGGCAUACAAGUGCUACGAUCUUGCUCUAGGUGUCGUAUUAAAUGCAACAACUUUGGAAUUGAAAGUAAAUGAAAGUGCUACAAUUGAAAUCUAUUUAAGUACUCCACCACAUCGAAUUAAUGGGAACGACACAGUCAUUAUAGAAUAUAAGCCAUCUAUUUAUUCUGUUUGCCCGAAAUGCGUGCGAUUAGUACCAAAGCGAUUGGUUUUCAACAGUGAUAACUUUCGUCAUCCACAAAAACUUAUUGUUACUCGCAUUAAAGACAGUGAUGCUAUAUGGAUUGAUCCGACCUUCAUAGGCGGCGCAUAUGAACAGGUUAUGGCAAGUCUUUAUAAUAUAAGACUAGCUCCAUCCAUUUGA